AGAACAUGCCUGCAGAUGAUGAUGACGAUGAAUGUACAGUUUGUUAUCAAAAGAUGAUUCUUCCCACAACAGUGCCUGGUUGUGGACAUAGGUUCUGCUUUUUAUGCAUUAAAGGAGCAGCUGCUAUUGGAAACGAAAGCAAUUGCCCAAAGUGUCGAGGUGAGGUAUCGGAUGCCAUUUUUAAACGGCCAAAAGCCCGUGGAGUAACCCUUGAUAUGCACGAUCCCGAAUCUCCUAGCGUUCAACUGGCUGCGGCAAAGCCGAGUACGUCAUGGGUCCACCCGAAACGAGUAAAGAAAUCAGACAGUGGUUCCGGUCCUUCUAAGAAGAAAAACAAGGCAAAAGGUACAGAUAGUGAUGAUGAAGAUGAAAAAGAAGAGAGUCCCAAAAGCGAGUUAGAUGAGGCUGAGAAGGAACCUGAUGAGGAACCAAUGCCUGACGAAAAGGAAAGGGUCUUCUGGCUCUACAAGGGCCAUAAAGGAUGGUGGAGAUUUGAUCCAAGGAUAGAAAAGGACAUUGAAGCCGGAAUGGAAGCCACUCCAGACUCUACCGAUGUAAUUAUUUGCGGGCGAGUGUAUGUAUUGGACUUUAUACAAAUGAUACAGUAUCCAAGAGAUUCUCCGGGAAAGAUACGAGACAUAAAGCGGGUAAACAAUGCGGAAUUCAAAGCAAUGGAAGAAAAAGGAGAACUUAAAGGAAUUUCUGGUGUACGGGUUGUUUGAAGGAACAAACUUCAAAAGUCAAUCUUUCUUCCGCUGCCAUUUUCAGUCAUCGUCA